AUGUCUGGAAUCCAUCGUCUUCUUCGCAAAGGCAACUACGCUGAGAGAGUUGGUGCCGGAGUUCCAGUUUACUUGGCAGCUGUCAUGGAGUACUUGGCUGCUGAAGUUCUCGAGUUGGCAGGUAACGCUGCUCGUGAUAACAAGAAUACCAGAAUUAUCCCACGUCACUUGCAACUUGCCAUCAGAAACGACGAGGAGUUGAACAAGCUUCUGUCUGGAGUUACCAUCGCCCAUGGUGGUGUCCUGCCUAAUAUCCAGGCUGUUCUUUUGCCUAAGAAUACCGAGAAGAAGGCUUAA